AUGGCGUCAAUUUUGUCAAUCUCGCGUAAACAAGACUACAAUGGAGCGGAUAUUCUCAUCUUUCGAAAUGAUCACUCGGUGCUCGCACUAACAAACUUGCGUGUGGUUGAAGACAACUUCAUUUGGUCGUGUUUCGUCGUUUGUGAUGUUCGCCUUCUAGCCUUCGUUGUCGUCGCCGUUCAACGUCAUCCAUCCGCACUCGCUGUCACCUGCAUCGACGCCAUCUGA